AUGGCAGAGGCACCGGCAGCAGCAAAGAUGAUUACUUUAAAGAGUUCUGACGAACAGACCUUCGUUAUUGAGGAAUCUGUUGCAUUGCAUCAAAGGCAGUAUCUUGGCAAAGAAUUUGUGAACGUCGGUAAUAAUAUUCAAUUAUUAUUCGACUUAAUCGUGGCUUCGAAUUCUCUUAAUACAAACGGAUUGGCAUACUUGGCAAAGCACAAGGUGUGGGAGAUGAUGAGCGGUAAAACACCGGAGCAAUUACGUUCCACAUUCAACAUUGGGGCCUAUUUCACCCCUGAAGAAGAUGAACAGCAUCGCAGGGAAAAUCCAUGGGCUUUUGAAUGA